CCGGAUGUGGCCCGCGCGCUCCGGAGCUCGACCCCGAACCUCACCUGCACUGCGCAUCAGACACUAGACGGAUAUAUCCUCACCCCCAGGCCACGAAAAGACAUACUGUGCCUGUCACAAACUGGUUAGAUCGUUGAUUCAGUGAUCGGGCUUGUUAUUUUUCAUUCAACUCUGUUUUUAACCCUCGAAGACAGUAACAUUACGAGCUCGAACCAUCAAGACUGAACUUCCUCAGCGCAUCGAUUGGCAUCUCUUUCAACAUCACGAGAAAAGACAAUCUCCCUCAACACUAGCGGAAACACUCUACGACGAAAGAACCAGCUCCAAUUAUUACUACCUCGAGUCGAAUUCCCGCAACAGCAGCAACCAUGCCACCAACAAAACAAGAACUCUCCCUCCUCAUCAAUCCCAUCGUUCCUGAAUCCAUCCAGCAUAAUUACCGAAUCCUCUCAAGCCUCCACUCCCUAACCGCCUUCCUCCUCGGUCUCAGCGCAGGCAUUCUCGCCCUCCAAUCCGCCCAGGGCUUCAUAUUCUAUUUCCUCGGCACGAUCUUCGUCUCGGGUCUCUUUCAUCUCUUGCUUAUUAUUCUUGGAUCCGGUAAGAAUGCUGCUGCUGCGGCGGGAUCUUUCUUCCCUGGUAGUAGUGGGGGGGAGAUUGAGGGGAUUGAUAUGAAGGGAAGGAUUUGGGUGGGUGAGCGCGAGAAGAAGAGUGGGAGGAGGAGGGUGAUUUGGAGGAAAGGUGCGUGGAGGGAUGUUUGGUUUGGUGGUGGUGUGUUCAGUGAGGCGUUGAGUGGGUUCGUAUUGGGGUGGGCUGGGGUGGGUGGUGUUUUGAGGUGA